CUCUAAAAUAGCCGACGACUGACCGGGCCUCCAAUAUUUUAUCGAUAUUUUGAACGUAUUCUCCACUCGGAGAGCUGAGACCGAAAGCUAAAAAUAGAGACAAAGACAAAUCCAUCAAAACAAACGAUCCAAAACCAGUUUUUCAAAGAGAGACGUUACCCCAAUGGCACGGGCCCAUAUCUUCUUCUUCUGAAAGUUCAAAAAUCAAAUCUAUUAACUCCACCCAGCAAAUGUCUUCUUUGGUAACCCAAAGGCUUAGCCUUUUUUUUUUUUUUUGUAUGUUUUUUCAGAGAUAAGGAAAAGGGUAGUUGGUUAAGUUGGUACCCUUUCCACAAAUGGAGGCUUUGUUGAAGAAGAAAGAUGAUUGGACUGAGUCUGCAAGUGAGUUGAGUAGUUGUAAUAGUGGUGAGUCUAAAGAGGGUAGUAAUAGUAGUAGUUCCAGUAGAUCAAGUUCAGGGAAUUUGGUUGACAAAGUUAAGGUUAAUAAGGCUAGAGUGUCAGGGUCAGGGUCUGCUUCAGCUUCACCUCCUUCUCUUUUGGGUUGGCCUAUAAGGAGAGCUAUUGCUACUACUACUACUCCUGCUACAGUGUCAAAGAAUUCAGAUGUUUCUGAUGGCAAUGGAGAUGAAGACAAGAUUAGUAAUGAAGAUGACAAGUUUAAAAAACUGAGUUCAAAGAUUAAUGAGAUUGACAUGAUGGAGGAGAGGUUUGCAAAAUUGCUGCUUGGUGAAGACAUGUCAGGGUCAGGAAAAGGGGUUUGCACAGCUUUGGCUAUUUCAAAUGCCAUUACCAAUCUCUGUGCUACUAUAUUUGGGCAAUUGUGGAGAUUAGAGCCUAUACAUGAGGAGAAGAAAUCCAUGUGGAAAAGAGAGAUGGAGUGGCUUGUUAGUGUUAGUGACCACAUUGUUGAAUUGAUACCCUCUUGGCAAAAUUUUCCAGCUGGAAGUAAGCUUGAGCCUCCAAUCAAUCCAAACCAAUCUACUACAAAGUCAUCAUGGGAAAUGGUAAAAGACCUAAUGGUUGAUGGAGACCAGAGAGAAUUGCUAGCAGAAAGAGCCGAAAAUCUCCUGCUUUGCUUGAAACAAAGGUUCCCUGGUUUGACUCAAACUGCCUUGGAUACCAGCAAAAUCCAGUGCAACAAGGAUGUCGGAAAGUCCAUUCUUGAAAGCUAUUCAAGAGUUCUGGAAAGCCUGGCAUAUAACAUUGUGGCACGCAUUGAUGAUUUGUUAUAUGUAGAUGACUUAACGAAGCAUUCAGAAAAGUUGGCAUCGGUUCCUACAGUUAGUGUAAUUGCACACAAAAAGGUUUCAAUCCCAUAUUCUGUGCCUGCCUCGAGCAGUCCCUACAAAACAGCAAUCACCACACCAAGUUUUUCACCUGCACCACUGAUCAGCCCUGCAAAGGGAGAGAGAACUCCAUUUCUCAAGGAGAACAACAACAACAACACGACCAACAACAACAGCAAGCCUCACCGCCGUGGCUUUGGAGUGAAGAGGGUCUUGACUAAUUAUCUUGGAGUUGAUUCAAAAGCAAAGUUAUGUGGCAAUCCAACAGAUGGUUCAUCAAUUCUGAACUCAAACAGUACUGAGAGCUCAGGGAAUCAAAAGGAUCAAGUUAUAUCAAAACAAUCAUCAGCAUACCAGAAUAGGUUGAGAAUGCGACAAAAUCCUCCGCGAUAUACUGUCACUUGAGAUUUUCUGAGAAGAGGAAAAGAAUAAGGUAUGACAAAUAGAAUACUUAAUGACGGAAAACUUCUGGUUGUAGCAAAAUACUGAUGUGUACGAGUUAAAUUUUAUAUCGUUUUGGUUGUGUUACUGAUUCUUGUAGUUCAUUUGAAGCAGCUGCUAUUUAUAUCAAAGCAGUCUACUGUUUUUUAGGAUGUUAACCGUGUGUAACUGAGAUGACAUAAAAUAUAGCCAUGAGAUGUUUGUUCGCAUUUUCUCUUCUGCUUAUUGUGCAUAAAUGGUUACCAUAAAAGUCAAAGGGAAAACCAUAAAAAUGGGGGCAUUCCGAAAAUUGA